GCGGUACUUUCCCGCGUGUGGGGCACCUCACGCGCCCGAAGGGGGAAAGGCGUGCGAAGCGGGUUCGUCAUUGCCACCAUUGGGGGGAAAAAACUGAUGCUCCUCACGAUGCCGGUGUAUUCUGAGGGCAAAGAAAAGCAAGAAGGAAAGGGUCGGCUGCAUCUUUGGUUGACGGACAGGCAACGCGUGUACGACGUCGGGCCGAUAUCCGCCGCGGAGGAGGACGCCGCUGCCAGCUCCCUGUUCUACAAGAGUGACAAGCAGGGGGAGUUGAUUUCGGUGUACGAAAAGAGGAAGCAGGCGGGCGAGGAGUCGUACAGUGUUGUGUCUGUGCGCUUGACGGAGCAGCUGGAGCAGGUAAAGUCUGUGGUGAGGACGUGGACGGCUUUGGACGAGGCUUUACAGCGAUGCACUGGCAAUGGCAACCCGCAGGGGACGUUGGGCGCGCGUUAUGUUCCCCCCCUCACUGAGGGGCUGCUUGGCUUUUUGGCCGGCACGCUGGAGCAGACCUCAUGGAAGGACGAGUACCUCUGCGUGAAUGCAACUGUUCACGGGGCAGCGGCGAGCGCGGCGGGGGGUGUGACGUUCAGCGGCGCCGGGGCGGGGGCGGAGUGGCCCGUGGGGAAACUGGGGCAGAACCAGCCGUACUACUAUGCGAACACCAAGUUCGCUCUCGUGGCGACGGUGACGAUCCACGCGGUGCCGGAGAAGGACGACACUCCUCUGCUGGGCGUGAGGAUGAAUGACGAAGCCAACACUGAGCUCUUUGGCCUGUCGUACACGAAGGAGAGGAAGUGGAAAGCCAAACUUGAUAAUGCCGAUGCCGAGGAGCGUGCUGAGGCGUGGGCACCAAACACGGCAGUUCAAGUGGCGCUGCAAAUGGAUUGGAACGAUUGGUCUUUGUACGUUGGUGGGCAAAAGAUUUACGGGAAGAAGUACAGUGGCGCUUUGUUCAACUCACACCGGAUCUCGCACUUCUUUUUCGGCAUGGAUGGCACGCACGCGGCUGCGGGCAGCCCCAACGUGACGGUGGCGAACGUCCUGCUGUACAGCCGCGUGCUGGGCGCGGGUGAGCUGAAGCGACUGCAACUCGGCAGCUGCACGAUUCCGCCGCCGCGCGCCGAAGGCGGCGUUGCCAGCGACGCCCAGCCGACGGCGGUGGGUGCGACGCAAACGGAAGCCGCCGUUGGGGCGUCGGUGCCUGCACGGCCUCCACCACCACCACCGCCGGGUGCAGAAGUUGACGCAGCGGCGGCCGGCUCCGCGACGGCUGGCAAUCGCCCCGCUGCCGGCAACGGCGUCGGCCCGCAGCCGCACAGCGCAGAACCGGUGCGGGACGGUGCGCAGUCGACGGACGGGGCUGCCGCAGCAAGCACCACCACCGGCGACGUUUCGGCAACUGCGGUGCAGCCGCCA